UCAGAGGCACCAACAUCCUCUCCCUCAACCAAAGGUAGAAACACAACUACUUAUCGUUUUACUUUUCUGAUAUAAUAAUAAGUUUUACUUUUCCAUCCCAUUCUGUUUUAUAAGAAAAAGAAGUUCAAGGGGAAGUCCAAAUCUGUGAAGGAAAAGGAGAAAGAGGAGGAUGAGCAGUGAGGAAGGAAAGGUGGUUUGUGUGACAGGUGCUUCUGGUUUUAUUGCUUCAUGGAUUGUCAAGUUCCUCCUCCAACGUGGUUACACUGUUAGAGGCACUCUUCGUGACCCGAGUAAUCCCAAAAAGGUUGAUCACUUGCUUAAACUUGAUGGUGCAAAGGAGAGGUUGCAACUUUUUAAGGCAGAUCUCUUGGAAGAAGGUUCCUUUGACUCUGCUAUUGAAGGUUGUGAUGGUGUCUUUCACACUGCCUCACCUGUUCGCUUCGUCGUAAACGAUCCACAGGUUGAGUUGAUUGAUCCGGCGUUGAAGGGAACUCUCAAUGUUCUUAAAUCAUGUGCAAGAUCACCAUCUGUGAAACGAGUUAUCUUAACUUCUUCUGUUUCUGCAGUUAAAUUUAGUUCAAGGCCAAUAACUCCCGAAGUAGUAGUUGAUGAGACAUGGUUUUCAGAUCCAGAUUUCUGCAGGGAAUCAGAGUUAUGGUACACACUUUCAAAGACUUUGGCUGAGGCUGCUGCCUGGAAAUUUGUAAAUGAAAACAACAUUGACAUGGUUGUUAUUAACCCAUCAAUGGUGGUAGGACCUCUCUUGCAACCGGAGAUUAAUGAAAGUGUUGAACCAAUUUUAAACCUAAUAAAUGGUGUACCUUUUCCAAAUAAUGCUUUCGGAUGGCUCGAUGUGAAAGAUGUUGCUGAUGCCCAUAUUCUGGCCUAUGAGAUUGCUUCAGCCAAUGGAAGAUAUUGUUUGGCUGAGAGAGUUGUACACUAUUCUGAAAUUGCUAGGAUUUUACGUGAUCUUUACCCAACAAUACAAAUUUCAGAUAAGUGUGUGAAUGAUGAACCGUAUGUGCCACCAUAUCAGUUGUCCAAGGAAAAGGCUAAUAGCUUGGGAGUCAAGUUUACUCCUUUGGAAGUCAGUCUCAAGGAGACUGUAGAAAGCUUUAGAGAGAAAAACAUACUCGACUUUUAAUCCGUCUUGAUAUUCCCACUUAAUCAAUAAAUUCAUGACAACAUGUUUGUGUCUUAAUAUUCCCACUUAGCAUAAUAUUAUUUUUGAUUGUUGUUGAAUAUAUGUGUGAGAUAUUCCUAAAACAUUGGUGUAUUAUGUAAUGUAUAAACGUUUUUAAUUGACAUGAUAAAGUUGUUGCCUCAGAGAUUCGAACUCAAAUCCUACAAGAAAAGGAACAUUGUUCAA